ACUCUCCAUCUCCAAUUCUCAGACUGUCAACAAAGAAAUCCCCAAAUCAAUGAGCAAUUACAGAAGCAGAACCACCGCAGAUUCAAUUCUCGAUUCUCUCUCCCUCAAUCCUCUGCCGUAUCCUGUCCUCCUCCUCCUCGCCGUCGUCUUCAUCUUCCUCGGCGCCUCCUGGUGGCUCUCCUACGAGUCCGCCGUCGAGGCCGCUGAGGAUCAGAUCAACUGGAUUCUCUUCGCCACGCCAGUACUCCUCAUCAUCCUCGCUCGAUUCCUCUCCUCCGUCGAUCCUAGCUUCUUUUCUUCCUCGCCGUGGGACCGCCGCCGCAGAACGCACCACCUCCCUGCCGAGGGAAGUUCGCCGUGGGGCGUCGCUGCGUUGAUCGUGCUGCUGCUUGUUCUCGUGCAGUUCCAGUCCUCGUUCCGUGAGAGCUGGUCCAUAUAGAUACCUUAUGUAUAUAGAAAUGGCGUACGCGAUCGCUCCUCUGCAGUGGAGCGCGUUGCGGUUGAUUUGAUUUCAUAAAAGUGCUUGAAUGAAGAUGAAGAUGAAGAUGAAGAGGAACUGUUUUUGUUUAUCAAAUAAAAAUAAAUACUCGUAGAUUUUCAUUCCUGUAAUUUGUGCAUCACUUUGAAGCUAUGAAUAGAACAGAUCACUUGUUUUCUUCACCAUA